AUGAGUGAUGAUAGCGAUUUUUCCGUCUUGGAGUCAUAUCAAUUGGCAUCUUUUGGUAGAACUCUGUUGGAUGUCUCCCCAAAGGUGGCCAAUCAUGGGCUGGCUGUAAUCGAUCAAGAAAUUUGUUCACAGAUAAGAAAUUGUACGUUAUACAGUACUAUCCCUCAGCCAUUACAGUCCAGCACAAAAAUUGCACAAUCUGCAGUUGAAGAGCUAUUAGAUCUGAUUCCUGAAAAAACUGAGUGUGACUUGUUGGUGAAAGUGUAUCUUUAUGAUAUUUCUUGGUGUUAUAGAACUAUACACUUCGGUUCGUUCUGGGAAGACUACAAAAACUUUUGGAGAUCUGACGUUUCAGCCAUCAAGCUGGACUUUUUGGCUUUGCUGCUUGCAAUGCUGACAGUUAGUAGCUCAUUCAUCUCUCCCACAAUGAUAUCAGCUGAUUUGAAUAUUAGAUUGAUUCGCGAGCUCUCAAUUCCUUGGUACAAUGGAUGCCGUCAAGCUAUGCACCUUUCAAAAUUUGAGUAUUCGCCUACAUUACUACAUCUGCAAGCAUUUUCUGUUCUUCAGACAUACUUUCACGCGCGAAACGAUAGCCAGAGUUUACAUUUAUUACUUGGACAGGCUGUAGCUGCUGCACAGCAAUUGGGGCUUCACAGACUUGAAGUUCCAAGUCAUAAUAACUAUAAUCACAUUGAGUUUGAGAUCAAAAAACGUCUCUGGUGGGAUUUGUGCUCCUGUGAUUCAUUUCAAGCAGUCAGUCUGAGUCGUCCUCCACUCAUUAGAAGCGUUCAAUGUACUGUACCAAUGUUGGCAAAUGCGCACGAUUCUGGAAUUACACGCGAUCAUGUUGAAGAGCUUCCUUUGGAAAAACAACCUACCUAUGUUUCAGUGACCAUUUACAUUAAUCGGCUGCUGCAAAUUUUCAACACUCUCUGGAAUGAGGAUGGGGAAUAUACAUCAUCACUGGAUGAUAUAAUACAAGUCGAUCAGAGAUUGGAUUUUUUCCUUCGAUCGCUUCCGUGGUAUCUAAAAUUCACAAGUGAUGGUACGCUUCCAAUCCUUCCUGAAGAUCAACAGCUGAAUCUGGUGCAUUGGCAGUUUCAUUAUCUCUGGAGCUGUGCGUAUACGCAGAAACUGCGUAUGCAUCGAGUGUUUUUGUCCCCAAGGGUUGAUUACUCGUUCAAUGCGUGUGAAGAUGCUGUCCAAAAAGUUCUUCAGGCCUACAAUCAGUUAAAGAUGUCAGUCCAGUAUAUUGGAACAACAAAAUUUCUAACGCAGGGUUAUCAGAUAUUUUCCGCAUCGAUUGCACAAGCAAUAUUCAUCUUAGUGGAAAAACCAAGAUAUUCCUUACAUAUCAAAUCACAAGUGAAAAGCUGUUCUAAAGAUUUAGAACUACUAGCAAGUUUUCAUGUUAUCAGUCCCGUCGUACAUCAAGGGACUCGCAUAUUAAGAAAGCUGCUUCAACUUCUCGACAGACAAGAUAGAAGGUUUAUAGGAGUUCCGAAGGAAUCUGGUCCCGUCCUAAAGUACAAACAAUCGGAAGCAAUUUCGAAAGAUAUUUAUCCAGUUUUUGGAGGAUUACAUCUGACGCAGUCAUAUGUUCGCCGAGCUAGUACUAACGAAAGGUCAGACUCUACACACAAUGAAAAAGAAUUAUUUCCGAUAUCCAAAGGGCUGGAGUCUCCAGCUUCCACUUCGAAAACCAUACGUACACCAGAUGAUGAGAACUAUGGUGAGUUUGACGAACAUUUUGGCGAUUCCCCAACUUGGGAUCUAUUUUUCAAUGACACAUUUUGGGAUAAUUGCGACUGGGGUUCAUGGAACUCGUUCCCUUCCAACUUCAAUUGA